GACAUCAUGUAAUUUCUCUACAGAAUUGCAUUUCUUUCAGAAUUACUAGGCAGAACCCCCCCCCCCUUCCCAGAUAUGUACUUUUAAGGAGGGUGCUUGUUGCGGGUUCUUCUGGCACCACUCUGUUGGGUGCAGCAUCAUGUGAUCCUUUGGCUAAGGAGGAGUUCAGCUUUAAGGGGGCGUUCCCAAACCUGUCCAUCAAUCUCCCUCAGGCUCUCGAACUGAAGAAAUACCCCCGGCUCCCUACUCCCUUCUCCAGUCCUCACCAUCUUCUUUUCUUGGAGAGAGCUGGACAGAUCUUCUUCAGAAGGAGCUGCGUGUGUCUGACUCCCGGGCUUGGGGGUUCCCGACGCUGCUCUUGGUCCCGGCUGGGACCUGAGCUGUCCAGCCUGAAGAUCUGACAUCCCUCCUGAUUAUAUCCUUGACACUGACUGGUAUUAUCCCAAUCAUCACAGCAACCUGAACUCUCCAGAGAUAACCAGAACUCUCAGAAAGGUGAAAUAUGUCCCCUCCCCUCCCACUCUUUCUGCUUUUCGUGCUCAUUCUCUUGGAAAUUAUCCUGGGUUGAAGAUCCACUUUUAACCCAAUAUCAGUGCUGGUUCAACAAAAUGGGCAAAUGCUAAAAGGUUAUUCAUCUCAAGGAAAAUGAAGAGUUCAAAGCCAGUUUUUGUAAACACUUUACAUGAAGAUUAAACUUCUUGAAAGAAAGAUAACCAAUUAGCGCCAAAAUGAAUUACACAUUGUAUCCCUCUUUUUUCAAUGAAUCAUUUCUCAACCACACAGACACCCACCCCCCGUAUGCCCCCAUUGAAGAGAACAAAUGCCGUGUACCAGUAACCAUGGUGUUUACCAUGGCCUUAGCUUAUGGCAUUGUCAUACUCCUGGGGGUUUCUGGAAAUCUGGCCUUGAUAGGAAUUAUCCUAAAGCAAAAGGAGCUGAGAAAUGUAACCAACAUUCUGAUUGUCAAUCUGUCCCUCUCUGACCUUCUGGUCUCAUUUGUGUGUCUGCCCUUCACUUUUGUCUAUACAUUAAUGGAUCACUGGAUCUUUGGGGAGGCCAUGUGCAAACUAAAUCCUUUUGUACAAUGUAUCUCAAUCACUGUCUCCAUUUUCUCUCUGGUUCUCAUUGCCUUGGAGCGCCAUCAACUGAUAGUCAAUCCCCGGGGAUGGCGCCCAACCAAUGUCCAUGCAUUUUUAGCCAUUGCCCUGAUCUGGUUCCUCUCUGUGGCUGCCUCCCUGCCUUUUGUGAUUUAUCAGGUGCUGACUGAUGAGCCAUUCCACAAUGUCACCUUCCCAACCUUCAAGGACAAGUAUGUUUGCUUCGAUCUGUUCCCUUCUAAUGUGCACAGGCUAUCUUACACCACUAUUCUCUUGGUGCUGCAGUACUUUGGGCCUCUGGUGUUCAUUCUUGUCUGCUACCUCAAGAUCUAUAUGCGACUGAAGAAGAGGAAUGACAUGAUGGAUAGGAUCAGAGAGAAUAAGCAUCGAGCCCAGGAAGCCCGUCGGAUCAACAUGAUGCUUUUCUCCAUUGUGGUGGCCUUUGCCAUCUGCUGGAUGCCUCUGACCAUCUUUAACACGGUGUUUGACUGGAACCACAAGCUGAUCUCCAUCUGCCACCACAACCUGCUGUUCCUCCUGUGCCACCUGACGGCGAUGAUCUCCACUUGCGUCAACCCUGUCUUCUAUGGGUUCCUUAACAAGAAUUUCCAGAAAGAUCUGCAGGCUCUCUUUCGCUAUUGUGAUUUCAGGUCCCGUAAUGAAGACUACGAGACCAUUGCCAUGUCCACGAUGAAUACGGAUGACUCCAAGACGUCUCGUCGGCAAGCCCAUGGUGAGGCCUCCCAGGCACCUGGGGAGGAUGAAGAAGUCUGAAGAGGAUGUGAAGUGGGUGAGGGUUACAGAACCCAGGUGACAGCUGUUUUAACACUAAGCACAACCUGUCACACAAUUCUGUAACCCUCUCCUCCUCUAGGAUGUGUAGCUUUGCCUAGAUUGUCUUGAGGUUUUAGUUGUGGCUCUGUUUGCAGGAAAAUCAAAACGUACAGACUUUGGAUUUACUUGUGUCAGCCGUUCCUAUCCAAAGUCUCAAUACUUACUGUUGUAUAACGUAUUUGUGAAACAAAUAUAAGAAUUCAUGACAUAUACAAUAUAUUCACUUAAAUGGAAUAUUUAACAAAAACUUGACUAUCAACAUACAUGCUAAUCACAUUCUACUUUCAUUAAUGAUCCUACACCCUGUAAAGGAGAUAAAAAAAUGAGUAUUGACUUUGGAACCAGAUAAUGUAGACUACUGCCGAGGAAAUGCAAAAUUUGCAUCCAGAAUGUAAGGUGUUUUUUUUUUUUUUUGAGGGAGUAAAAAGAUUAUUUCUUGCCAGUUCAGACUGGUCUUAGUACCCACCUAAAAACCCAGACCUUUAAGAGAGGAUUUAAUUUGCCACUAAUUUGAUUUGAAUCUGAUGCAACAUUGCAUGUAAAAGAAAAUAAAACUACUUCUCAGCUGUUAGCAUAGAAAAUGAAGACAUUGACAUACACAUUAAAUGAAAAUCUCUUACCAUGACUCAAGACUAUUUCUGAGCACGAUUACAAAAACUCUUCAGAGUAAUUAGAAUAAUACCUAAAUUCCUUUUACUACAAAUAAUUCAAGCAUAUACAUUUGUUUGGAAAAUUAAGAGGUUUCCUCCAGCAGAACCUGUUUGGCAUUUUCUAAAAAGCCUAGAAUGUUUCAAAAUGAUAUGAAAGGGUGCUACCAUUACAUUGAAACAUCAAAUAUCAUGUAACACUAAGGGACAAGUAAAGGACACCCGAAUCUAGUAAUUACAUUGAGGGUAUAUGAUAGCUAGAUACCUUUAAAAUUCAUCAUAUCUUAUAUGGACUUAUAAACUAUAUUAUCUAUAGAAUAUUAAGGUGUUAACAACUGAUAAAUAAAUAUUUAAUAUAUGUAUACCUAAUUAAUAUAUAUCUACUUGAUGUAUCUCUAUGUUGGAAUGAUUAUUAAAACUAAUAAAUAAAGAUACUAAGAAACCAAGAAUCUAAGAAACAUGUAUAUCAAGAAACCAAGAAACAUUUACUUGAAAAAAUACAGCAUGUCCUAGGUUUAUUCUAUAGCCAACCUAUGAAACAUCAGAAUGUUUGCUUUUAAAAUCUUUGACAAUUCCUCUAAUAAAAUUGGUGUUGCAUUCA